AUGAUCUCCUUGCUCCGCCGCGCCCUCGCCGCCUCCACCUCGUCUCCGGUCGUCACCUGCCGGAGGCCCCUCCUCGCCGCGCUCCUCUCUCCGCCAGCGGCCCCUCUCGGCCCAUGCCAGGCGCCCGCGCCUGGGUCGCCGGCGCCGCCGAGGCGGGCGUUCCACGGCUCGCCGGGCCCCCUGGGGUUCAGGUCGACCCCCGCUUCGUGGUCCGGGCCCGGGCCGAGGGAGGGCGUUACGGGGGCUGAGGAGGGGCUGGAGAUCGCGAGGCUGGGGAUCUCGCCGCGGAUCGUGGAGAAGCUCGCCGCGCGGGGCAUCACCAGGCUCUUCCCCAUCCAGAGGGCUGUUCUUGAGCCAGCAAUGCAAGGAAAAGACAUGAUUGGCCGUGCUCGAACAGGGACUGGGAAGACCUUGGCUUUUGGUAUUCCUGUCAUGGACAAGAUCCUUAGCUACAAUGAGAAGAAUGGAAACGGUAGGAAUCCUUUAGCCAUAGUCUUGGCACCAACAAGAGAACUUUCUCGGCAGGUUGAGAAGGAAUUUAGAGAAUCUGCUCCCUUGGACACCCUCUGUGUCUAUGGAGGUGUUCCAAUCAAUCAACAAAUGAGAGUUCUUAACUAUGGUGUUGACAUAGUGGUUGGAACUCCAGGUCGAAUUAUUGAUCUUCUGAGAAGGGGUGUUUUAAACCUUUCACAGAUCCAGUUUGUGGUUCUAGAUGAAGCUGAUCAGAUGCUGGCUGUGGGUUUUGAUGAAGAUGUUGAGGUGAUCAUGGAGCAGUUGCCGCAGAACCGUCAAAGUAUGCUGUUCUCUGCAACAAUGCCUAGUUGGAUAAGAAAAAUUUCGAACAAGUACUUAAAGGAUCCAGUUAUAAUUGACCUUGUUGGUGACUCAGACCAGAAAUUACCUGAAGGAAUCUCUCUCUAUUCCAUUGCCUCUGAUAAUUUCGGGAAGCCAUCAAUUCUUGGUCCUUUGAUUAAAGAGCAUGCCAAUGGUGGGAAAUGCAUUGUGUUUACUCAAACUAAACGUGAAGCAGAUAGAUUGGCAUAUGUCAUGGGAAGGAGUUAUCCAUGUCAGGCACUGCAUGGGGAUAUCUCACAGAAUCAACGAGAGAGGACACUCUCUGGAUUUCGUGAUGGUCGUUUUAAUAUCCUUGUGGCAACUGAUGUCGCAGCUCGUGGAUUAGACAUACCCAAUGUUGAUCUAGUGGUACAUUAUGAGAUUCCAAAUACCUCGGAGUUAUUUGUUCACAGAUCUGGGAGAACUGCACGAGCAGGGAAGAAAGGCAGUGCAAUUUUAAUAUACACAUAUGAGCAGACUAGAGCUGUAAGGGUCAUCGAGCAAGAUAUAGGAUGCAGGUUCACAGAGCUUCCGAAGAUGCCAGUUUCAGAUGAGGCUGCAGACAUGUUUAAUGUCACGAGAGAUACUCGCUCUAGAUCAGUUGGAAGCAGAAGAACGGGCGGACCUUUUAGCCGUGAAGGUUAUGGUGGCUUUGGAGACCAUCGAUCCAGCAGUUUUGGUGAUUUUGAUAGUUUUGGUGGUUCCUCUGACCGUGGUGGUGGAUUCCGUGACUCAGGUUCAAGGUACCGCGGUGGAUCUGGAGGUUUCAGACGAACUUCCAGUGACUUUGGCAGGCCUCGUUUCAGUCGUUCUGAUAGAUUUGGUGACUUUGGAGACGGCGGUGAUUUCAGCAGACGUGGUGACGCUGACUUUGGGCGAUCCCGGAGCUCUGAUGAUUCAGGCUCCUCCCGUUAUGGCAGAGGUUCUAGUGGUUUCGGCACUUCAGAUUCCGGCAACUUCGGUGGCUUCAAGGAUUCCAAGCGAUGA